AUGUCUAGUCGAAAGAACCAUGACCAAUCCGCCACGGGCCGGCGGAAGGGUGACAAGUAUCUUGUCUGCAAAGAGUCUCGCCCUCGUGACCCGCCCCAGUUGCUGGACAGGAACCUCCCCACGACCAGGAGAUUGACGAGUGCCACCCUCAUCCAGAGCCGGUUGAAGCUCGACAGCAACAUGCCGAUGGGGGCUGAGAUGGAUACGGCGAUGGCCUUGAACGUCGCGGACCCGACAAGCGGCUUUCCUCUCCACCUCACUCAGCGGAUAGAGCUCAGUAGUCAGCAUGACGACUUCUUCCCUGGCGACGCCGCCGCCAUGUUGACACCGAGUGCCCCACAUUCUGCGGCUAUCUUCCCUUCGACCACGACAGUCACCGACGGCCAGACCGCCGCAGCGCCCGACGUCGGCGGCCCUCAUAACCCCACCUCUGGUGGGGAGUAUGCCAGCGCUCGAGCAAUAGCCAAGAUGUUUAAGAGGAGUCGUGAACGAAAUAACUGGGUGGAGUACUGUAUACAGCAGAACACCGCCGGGCUCCGCAGUCACCGGGGCCUCGACGGAAGCCCCUCGAUGGAAGCCGACCCGUGCUGUCAUUUCUUGGGCAACAUCGAUGAAGCUUUCCCCGCCCAUUGA